AUCGGUUGGGUUACUAACAAUUUUCAAACUUUAUGUUAAAAAAAAAAGAAAAAGGAGUCCUCGAUUAACGAUUUCGGACACUUUUCCUGAGAGAUCGUCAAACCAGAUCGCCCACCAUUUUUCAACCCAACCACAAUCCCUACCAGAAUUUCUCAACUCAUACACAGAAUCAGCGACUCUCUCUCUCUCUCUCUCUCUCUCUCUCAAACAUAUCGAUCUUGUUCCAUGUCUUCUAUUCUUUUGCUUCUGGCUCUGUUUCUGUUGAUCUUCGAAGCUUUUCCAUCAUCAUCGGCUUCAAUUGGAUCUCGUUCAAUUCUCAGAGCUGUCGUCACUAACAACGGCGAUCAACCUGACUUCGCCGUCGAAUUGAACGCCACGAAUUUCGAUGCUGUUCUCAAGGACACACCAGCUACAUACGCCAUUGUUGAAUUCUUCGCUAACUGGUGCCCAGCUUGCAGAAAUUAUAAGCCGCAUUAUGAAAAGGUAGCGAGGCUUUUCAAUGGACCUGAAGCAGUUCAUCCAGGGAUCAUAUUGAUGACAAGGGUAGACUGUGCAUUGAAGAUAAAUAACGAACUUUGUGAUAAGUUCUCUGUGGGUCAUUAUCCUAUGCUAUUAUGGGCACCUCCUAAUAAAUUUGUUGCUGGUGGUUGGAAACCUAAUCAAGACAAAAGUGAGAUAUGUGCCAUUGAUGAUGGACGGACAGCUGAUCGCUUGCUUAACUGGAUUAACAAGCAAAUGGGCAGCUCGUUUGGCUUGGAUGAUGAGAAAUAUGAGAAUGAGCUUCUCCAAUCAAAUGUGUCAGACCCUGGACAGAUUGCACGUGCUGUGUAUGAUGUUGAGGAGGCAACAUCUUCUGCCUUUGAUAUAAUCUUAGAUCACAAGAUGAUCAAAUCAGAGACUCGGGCAUCACUUAUAAAAUUUCUUCAACUUCUUGUGGCUCAUCAUCCAUCGAGGAGGUGCCGAAAGGGAAGUGCAGAAUUCCUUGUCAACUUUGAUGAGUUGUACCCACUAGAUAUUUUGUCAGCCAACAAACAGGAAUCCAUCAAUGUUACCGGAAAGGGUGCACUUGAGAAUUUCCAGAUUUGUGGAAAAGAAGUUCCUCGUGGAUAUUGGGUGGUUUGCCGUGGAAGCAGUAAUGAUACUAGGGGCUUGAGUUGUGGAUUAUGGGUUCUAUUGCAUUCGCUUUCCGUAAGAGUUGAAGAUGGGGAGAGCCAAUUGGCAUUCACAACUAUUUGUGAAUUCAUCCACGACUUCUUCAUAUGCGAGGAGUGCCGCCAACAUUUUUAUGAAAUGUGUUCCAGUGUCUCUACUCCUUUCAACAAAACCCGUGACUUUGUUCUCUGGCUGUGGAGUGCACAUAACAAAGUCAACGAGAGAUUAAUGAAAGAAGAAUUGUCUCUUGGAACCGGCGAUCCUCAAUUCCCAAAGCGCAUAUGGCCUUCAAAACAGCUUUGCCCUUCUUGUUAUCUCUCUCGAAGCCAGGAAAACAAUGGUGGUGUUCAGAUUGAUUGGGAUCACAAUGAGGUUUUCAAGUUCUUGGCUAGCUACUAUGGAAACACGCUUGUGUCUCUGUACAAGAGGAAGGGGCUUCUCAGUGAUGGUGGGACAGACGGGGCUCUUGUGGAGGACUUGGCAGCCUCAACAAAUGCAAUUGUGGUGCCUUUGGGGGCUGCAUUGGCAAUCGCUGUUGCCAGCUGUGCAUUUGGAGCACUCGCUUGCUUCUGGCGCUCGCAGCAGAAGAAUAGGAAGCCAAGGAGAAGCUGGAAUUGAGGUUGUUAAAAGGACAGAUUUCACAUGGCCGUCAAUUUUAACGCACACAAACAGAGAAAUUCGAGUGCUGAAUAGGAACCUAAACAAUCACCAUUUUAACACAUAGUCUGCUUGAGGUCUUCUUCUCUAUCCUUUCACCUUUGCUUUUUGAUUAUAUAAUGUGGAAUUGUACAGGUUUAUAUACUUACAUUUGGAUUCAAACAAUCCCAUAGCCCAGAGUCACUUGUUUUUGUGCCCUUUUUUUUGUUUUUUUGUUUUGGGUGAGUGUUCAUUGUAUGAAUAUGUGCAAACCAUAAAUAUGAUGAUUUAUAGAGCUGAUUACAAUUUUUUAUUUUCCA